AAAAGUUUCUUUUCCUUUUUCAACUGUGACUACUACCAACAUUUUUCACUUUGCUUCUCUCUCUCUCUCUUUCUUUUGCGAGAGGAGCUUCGAGAUCGGCGACGAGCGAUAAAUGGCGAAAUCAAGCGCCGACGACGGCGAGCUCCGGCGAGCUUGCGACGCCGCAAUUGAGGACCCGAAGCAGAAGAUCGUGAUGGCGCUACGCGUUGCCAAGAGCCACGGGAUCUUAGGAAAAUCUUCCAAGCUUGGUCGUCAAAUGGCCAAGCCUAGGGUUCUCGCUCUCUCCAUUGUUGGUGACGACGUGGUGUUUCCUGCAGCGAAAUCGAAAGGUCAGCGGACAACGGCUUUUCUUCGAGUUUUGAAGUAUUCUACUGGAGGAGUUCUUGAACCUGCAAAACUAUACAAGCUAAAGCAUCUCUCAAAAGUGGAAGUUGUAACAAAUGAUCCCAGUGGAUGUACAUUUACUCUGGGAUUUGAUAACCUUAGAAGCCAGAGUGUGGCUCCUCCUCAAUGGACAAUGCGCAAUAUUGAUGACAGGAAUCGCCUCCUUCUAUGCGUCUUGAACAUCUGCAAAGAUGUUUUGGGUCGUCUUCCUAAGGUUGUUGGUAUAGAUGUUGUGGAGAUGGCUCUUUGGGCUAAGGAAAAUACACCCCCUGUUUCGGUUCAAAAUAAAGUGCGAGAUGGUGGUCCUGUUGCAUCUGCUGUGACUGAGACAGAAUUGAAAGUCAAUGUUGAAAAGGAGCUGGUCUCACAGGCAGAGGAAGAGGACAUGGAGGCUCUUUUGGGAACUUAUGUCAUGGGUAUUGGUGAAGCAGAGGAGUUUUCUGAAAGGUUGAAGAGAGAGCUCCAGGCUCUGGAAGCAGCAAAUGUGCAUUCUAUUUUAGAAAGUGAACCUUUGAUGGAUGAGGUGAUGCAAGGGCUUGAAGCAGCAACCAGCUGUGUGGAAGAUAUGGAUGAAUGGUUAAGCAUAUUCAAUGUAAAACUCCGGCAUAUGAGGGAGGAUAUUGCAUCAAUAGAAACCCGCAAUAAUAACCUGGAAAUGCAAUCGGUAAAUAACAAAUCUCUCAUUGAGGAGCUUGAUAAGCUUCUUGAGCGAUUGCGUGUGCCUUCUGAGUAUGCAGCAAGUUUGACCGGAGGUUCAUUUGAUGAAGCUCGAAUGCUUCAAAAUGUAGAAGCAUGUGAAUGGUUGACCAAUGCCUUGCGUGGUCUUGAUGCACCUAAUCUAGACCCUAGUUAUGCAAACAUGAGAGCUGUUAAAGAGAAGCGUGCAGAACUUGAAAAAUUGAAAUCUACUUUCGUCAGGAGAGCCUCCGAAUUCUUGAGAAAUUAUUUUGCUAGUUUGGUGGACUUCAUGAUAAGUGAUAAAAGUUACUUUUCUCAGCGGGGACAGUUAAAGAGGCCAGAUCAUGCUGACCUGCGGUACAAGUGCAGGACAUAUGCACGUCUUCUGCAACAUUUGAAGAGUCUUGACAAGAAUUGCCUGGGUCCACUGAGAAAAGCUUAUUGCAGUUCUCUAAACUUGCUUCUUCGCAGAGAGGCCCGUGAGUUUGCAAAUGAACUUCGUGCCAGUACUAAAGCCUCUAGAAAUCCAACUGUUUGGCUUGAAGGUUCCACAGGUUCUGGUCAGAAUGUAAAUGCUACUGACACUUCCACAGUCUCUGAUGCUUAUGCAAAGAUGCUUACAAUUUUUAUCCCACUUUUGGUGGAUGAGAGUUCUUUUUUUGCACACUUCAUGUGUUUUGAAGUUCCUACACUGGUUCCUCCUGGAGGUGUUGUUAAUGGCAACAAAACUGGAUAUGAUGAUGAUGAUGAUUUGGGAAUUAUGGACAUUGAUGAAAAUGAUAGCAAAUCUGGUAAAAAUUCUGCGGAGCUUGCAGCUUUGAAUAAAUCACUUAAAGAUUUACUUGAUGGAAUUCAAGAAGACUUUUAUGCUGUUGUAGACUGGGCAUACAAGAUUGAUCCUUUACGCUGUAUAUCAAUGCACGGAAUAACAGAACGCUAUCUCUCUGGUCAGAAAGCUGAUGCAGCAGGAUUUGUACGUGAUUUGCUGCGUGACUUGGAGUCUCGGAUAUCUAUGCAGUUCAACCGUUUUGUUGAUGAAGCUUGCCAUCAAAUUGAAAGAAAUGAACGCAAUGUUCGCCAAAUGGGUGUCCUAUCUUACAUUCCCAGAUUUGCAACCCUUGCAACUCGCAUGGAGCAGUACAUCCAGGGUCAGUCUAGGGAUUUGGUUGAUCAAGCAUACACAAAAUUUGUUAGCAUAAUGUUUGCAACUUUAGAAAAAAUUGCACAAACAGAUCCAAAGUAUGCAGACAUUUUUCUUUUUGAGAACUAUGCUGCCUUUCAGAAUAGUUUGUAUGACCUCGCCAACAUUGUGCCCACUCUGGCAAAGUUUUAUCAUCAGGCCAGUGAAGCCUAUGAACAAGCUUGUACACGCCAUAUUAGCAUGAUUAUCUACUAUCAAUUUGAACGCCUAUUCCAGUUUGCUCGAAGGAUUGAGGACUUGAUGUUCACUGUUGCACCUGAGGAGAUUCCUUUUCAGCUUGGGCUGUCAAAAAUGGAUCUCCGGAAGAUGUUAAAAUCUAGUUUAUCUGGGGUUGACAAGUCCAUUGCUGCGAUGUAUAAGAAACUGCAGAAGAAUUUGACUUCAGAGGAACUGUUACCCUCCUUAUGGGACAAAUGCAAGAAGGAGUUUCUUGAUAAGUACGAAAGUUUUGCCCAACUUGUGGCUAGGAUUUACCCUACGGAGACAAUCCCAUCUGUAACAGAGAUGAGAGACCUUUUAGCUUCUAUGUAGAGAUUUAUGUAUGUAUAUAUUUUUCUUUCUUUUCAUUUCAUGUAAGUUAUAAUCAUUCUUCUUCUCUAUUUAAUUUUAUUUAUUCAAUAAGGUGUAUCUUUUUUUUUGUAGUUUUAAUUAUUUGAAUCAAGCAUUUUAUAACGUGUCUUCGAACGAAUUGGAUGAGUAUCUUGCAUGUGUAAGCAUUUUCAAGAUUUACGAGUGGCAAUAACGGAUCAGCUUAACACU